AUGCAUAGUCAGCCCCUAUCGACUUGUCUUGCUGAAUUUCAACCGAUCGAAGACAAACUUCGGGCGAGUAUUGAAAAUUGGAGACGUGAAAUGAUUAAUGAAAAUUUGGUCAAUGCAUCAACAAAUCGGGAGUUUUUGCCGAAUCAAUUGGAAAAGUUACAAAUCGAAUAUGGUCGUCCACCGGCAGAUCUUCAUCUUGUUCGACAUCACGAUCGAGGACCGAUGUUAGAACUUGAAACGAGAAAUUCAACAAGAGAACAAGUAUCAAUUAGUUGCACUUCUCAAGUUGCAACUCAAGAAUGUGGUGUUUAUGUACCGCAAACAGCGCUCGGCGAAUAUCUCAUCCGAGAGCCUACCGCCAAGUCGUCAGUUGGCAGUUAUUGGGCAAUAGGUGGCUCGAGUGAAUAUUUGCUUGUACAAGAAUAUGAAACUAAUCAAUUAACAUUAUUCGAUCGACACGGUACGAGAGCCGCUUCGAUGACAUGGCACUAUAAUUUAGUGGUAAGUGCCUCUAAUUCCCACUCCGUUUAUCCGAAUCUCUUUGAACGAACGUCAAUCUCUGUGUGAGAACGUUUUUUUUUAGGAAAAAAUGUUUGCAUCGCAUGGGAUCAUUCAUGAAUAAUCUCCCGGCUAGCAUUGAUUGGAAUUUGUAGUCAAGCAUAUUUUUUCGGUGAUUAAUGAUAGAUUUUACAAAAACAAAACUUUUCCCCUGCGUUUUCGAGAGCGCCCUAAUUCUGUACAAUUUUGCUGAUUUUUGCCUUUGAGCCAUGUGAUUGAAAUGAUAUGCUAGCUAGAAAACGAAGAAAAGCGGUUUUUGUCCAAUAUAUUUCAGUUAAAUAUCUUAGGUUUUUCAGUCAGAUUAUAGACGAAAAACUUGACUACGCUAUAAUCCCCUUUGAAUGCCCACCCAAUGGAGUCUCCUAAAAUGGCCACACGGGAAACAUUCUUCGUCUUGCCAAGUUGCAAGUUUAUCUUCUCUGUAGCGUCUUUCAUCUGCAUAGCAACAAUCACACACAAAACCAAUUCUGCACACGGUAUUUUAGGUUUGGUUGCUGUUUACCAUCACUAAAAAUCUCAUUGCAGCUCAUCUCUACUCCAAGUCGUACCGGAAUCUCAAAAAUUUAACUAUAGUCCUGGGAGUUGCAUCGAACUUUGGCCAGAAAAGUCCGAAAAUCUCAGAAUUUAUGGACACUUUUUACACUACAUUCUUAAAAGAAGUGAAGGUUUUCUUGUAAAGAUUUCCUUUUGAAGGAAAACUUGCUGAGGCUCUGUUUUUUCUUUCAAAAAUGAUGUGAAUCAAUUUUUAAAGUUAGCAGUUAAAAAGCAAAACGUAUGCAAAUCAAAAUCUCAGUUUUAUGCUUAGAAUUGCUUGUAGACACUUCACUGGAAGAUGUUCGCUUUUCUAGUGUCUUCUCUAUUAACUUCGGAAAAUGUCUGGAAUAAACAGAGAAAGAAUAUGAACAGGAAUUUGAGACAGUAGUACUAACUAAACAAAGACGGGUUGAGCAACUGAUCAAAGAGUACCAGGGAGAUUGACGUAAGGUGCCGCUAAUUCAAAAAUCAAGCACUCUUCAUUUUUCCUUGAAAGACACAUCAUCCGAUGCAGAAUUUUGUGCUGAUUACGAAUAUCACCUUUUUAGUUCGAUUUGUUUGAGUUUUGUG